CUUAGAGGAAGGCUAUUGUAACGACAAGCCUCUUUACUCUGUUUGUGUAAGUUGUUUUUGUAUGUUAAAUGCUGUUUAAAUGUAUGUUUAAAAUGAUAUGUAUGACCAAAACAUUUUAGUUCAACAGUACAUCAGGAACAUCCGUUCCAGAGAUGUCCUCUCCUUACAAUACUUUACAUGAUAGCUAUGUUCCCAACGUAAGGGUAAGAAUUGCUUGUCAGACUUUUCAGUAGAUUCCCAUCUAUGUUGAUACAACUGAAUCUGUUCAAACGUAUAUUGAUCAAUGGUUGUGUGUCCAUGUUCUCAGGACUCAAAACGGCUUGUGUCAGUUGCUGUGGCAGUGGGAUGUUUGACUGCAUUCGGCGCACUGCUCUCCUUUUCUAUAUUGGAGAAGUGCACAGAAGAGCAUUUCCAAAAUGACAAGAUCUUUCAAGAAACAAACACGGAUCAAAAUAACAUUUCUGAAGAGCAAAGCCGGUGAGCGUCGUAUAAACAGUAUACGUUUUUGCUUUAACACAUCUAAUUGACAAUAUAAAACAGUCAAAUUAAGUUUUGGCAAGGGAAGUGGAUGCGUUGUCUCCAGUUUGUAAUCAUCCCCAAAGACUAGAAAUGUAAUAGGUCCUGUUGUGAAUUCCUCAGUAUUAUCCUUGUGGAGAGCAUUCCCCUGUAUAUGAAAUAUGACGACAAUGCAACAUUUGGGACCCCAGUGGACAAGGCCUGGAGAGAUCUCCUGUCCAUUGCAACCAACCAAGUCGAUGUGGCCUCCUUCUACUGGACUCUUACCGGUGAUGACAUCAAUAUCAACUCUUCCACUGACUUGCCUGUGAGUUUUAAAAAAGCCAAUUGAAAUAUGUUUGACAACUGCUUUCAACUAGUCAUCUCUGUGAAUUUGCCUGUACUUUAUCUACUGUUAUCAACAGGGAAAGAACAUACUGGAGCAGUUUGGAGCUUUGCCUUCCAGAAAUGUGUCAGUGAGGGUUGUGACGAGUAUUCCCUCUGUGAUGACAAACUCCACAGAUCUUCAGGUUCUGAGACAGAAAGGUCUAAAAUAUUAGGAAGGUGUUCUUAAUGUUUUGUACACUGUAUAUUAUCCUACUGUAUUUUUAAUCCUCUAAUCUCCUCUCAUUGGUUAUCUGUACUGUAGGAGUCCAAGUAAGAAAGGUGCCCUUUGGGCGUUUGACUGGGGGUGUACUCCACAGCAAGUUCUGGAUUGUUGAUAGGAAACACAUAUUCCUGGGAAGUGCCAACAUGGAUUGGAGGUCUCUUACACAGGUAAAGGUCUAGUGAUGAUAUAAUAUAACUAUUUUAAAUAAUCUCACUCGUUUUGCUCCUACAUGACGGGUAACAAUGCACUAUGACCUUAGGUAAAGGAACUGGGAGUGGUCAUCUAUAACUGCUCCAGUUUGGCUGAGGACCUCCAUAAGAUCUUUGAGUCAUACUGGGUGAUGGGUCAUCGCAACAGCUCCAUCCCAAACCCUUGGCCCUCCAAGUAUGACACUACCAUCAACAAAGAGCACCCCCUGCUGCUGAAGACUGAUAAUGUUUUAAGCAAAAUCUACAUCACAGUGAGUCCUUUCUGUUUCACUUCCCAUUCACUGCUUUCAAUGAGCCCCAGACCAUAAAACUAUUAGCAUCUGAAUAAAACCUGAGAGAAUUAAAGAGUGUGUCUAUUGUCCAACACAUAACACGUUGACUGGAGAUUUCUUUCUCAUCUAAUUAAGGGCUGUAAGUAAGCAUUUCACUGUAAUGUCUGCACCUGUUGUAUUCGGCGCAUGUGGCCAAUAAAAUUUGAUUUGAUUUAAUGACAAUCUCAUCACAGUUCUAGUCAUCACAGCCCUCUCUUCCUUGCGAUGUGAUGUCUAUACUCUGUCUCCCCCAGGGCUCUCCUCCCUCUUUCUGCCCAGACUCUCGGACGCAGGACCUUGAUUCUAUCCUCUCAGUGAUCUCAGGGGCGCAGCACUACAUUGAUGUGGCAGUCAUGGACUAUUUCCCCACCACACGCUUCAUACACCCUCAAAGGUGAACGUACUGUCCUACCAGACUCAUAGCCUUUUUCAAUACGCCAUUGAGUUACUUACUUUGACUUCUUGUAAUAUUGAAAUAUUAAUUGAAUAUACCUCUAACUUAUCCUUUAGGUAUUGGCCGGCCAUUGAUGAUGCAUUAAAGAGGGCUGCUUUUGAGCGGAAUGUUAAGGUCCGUCUGCUGGUCAGCUGUGGACGUGAUUCUGAUCCAGCCAUGCUGCCUUUCCUUCAGUCUCUAGCCUCCAUGAAUUACCCUGCCCAGAGCAUCAGCAUUCAAGUGGUAGGAAAGACACAUAUCCUACUGGUAUUAUUAUUCAACCAAUGUGAUUGUCUUCUUUUCUUUAUUGUAAUGCCAGAUUGUCCUCUUUUUCAGAAACUGUCCAUUGUGCCAGUAGGGAACCAGUCAGAGAUACCCCACUCCAGAGUAAACCAUAAUAAAUACAUGGUGACUGAUAAAAUGGCAUAUAUUGGUAAGGGAUAGACAGCUCUAUCAAUGUGACUAACAGACUUUUCAGAAAAUAGUUUAAUAUAAUAAUACUUUGAUGUGAACAGACACAGUUGUUUAUAUGAAAGCAUUACAGGUCAUGAACAACUUGAAUUCCCAAUCCUUCUGCCCCUCAGGGACAUCUAACUGGUCAGCUGACUACUUCAACACCACAGCUGGAGUGGGGCUGGUGGUUUCCCAGCAUGCACCACACUGGGCCUGGAGGACCCAGGCUCUGCAGGCGCAGCUCAGGGCAGUGUUUGACAGGGACUGGCAGUCUCAGUUUACUGUACGUGUCGCUGACUUGGGUCAUCAACCUGACUGUGCCCUCUCAAAAGUAUAGGCGCUGUACUUACCAUCCGUACACUCAGUUAUAACAAUGUUUACUUUAGAAAAGUCCCCAAAGUAUUCAGUUAUGGCUUAGGGAAAUGACAGUAAGCCCGGUGGACUGCUUUUUUUUGUUUCUAUUAGGGACUUUACAACUGAACAUUCAAUUUGCUUCAUUAUUUGUUUGUGCUUGUUACCUUUUUUUCCUAGUGAAAAUGUACCCUUGGAAUGUUUAAUAUUUCACUGUAUUAGAGUACGUUGGGAGAAAACGUACCCUAAUACUUUUUACAAGCGAAUAAAUGCUCAUUAUUUUUGCAACAAAAUGCUUUAUUAUACAAGAUAAUUAAUUUGAAAUAAAGGCAGCAAAAGACAA